AGGCGCUCAACUCUUGCUGGUUUCAAAUAGUCGUCUGUUCUACGGAGUCUGUUUUAUGGUGUGAGAUUAGUUCACUAACAUUAGGUGGAUCUGAUGAAUUCUGAUAUGAGUGACCAUAUGGCUGGGAAACCAAACAAAGGCAGUACAUUUCAAUUUGAACACUUUCAUGGCCCUAAUAAUUCGAAUGUUAUGGGACGAGCUUCAAGUCUUGAAGAGGCCUUGGGCGAUAUGAGACGUGAAAAUUUUCGACUUAGAUUGUUAUUGUAUAAUUAUGAAAAAACUUAUCGUCAAGCUAAUGUACCACAGGAUCUGGAGUCAUCGAGAAUAUUUGCUGCUGAGUCGGAAAACAUUCUUCUGAAGGAAGCGCUUAGUGAAAAAGAUACACUAUUAAAUUUCUCAUCGAAAAUGAAUGACCAACUUCGUGAGCAAAUAAAUGUUUUAAAACAAAAAAGCGACAAUAUUGAAAAUGGUUUGUUCUAUCCUUCAAUAAAUCAUUUAAUGAUAGACUGGCGAAAGAAAUAUGAUAUUCUACAUACUGAAUUCCAAUGUGCCCAAGAAAAAGUUCGUGCUUUGGAGAUGUCUAUAUUAGCCAAGGAUACGGAAUUCGCAAAGUGUAAAAAUGAAUUUCAGAGUUCUAUAGCUAGACUUCAGGCGGAACUUGCAUUCAGUCAACAUAAUAAUAAACGUUACAGACGAGAAAUUCAAAUGUUUCGAUCAGAAGCUGAUGAUUUACGUGCCACAUUAGAAACUGUAAAUAAGAGCCAUAUGAGCAUUGAUGUUAAAGACCUAAAACCUAACGAUCUACAUACUUCUGAACAGAACUUAUGGAAUCAAUCACUUCAGUGUAAUCUAAAGACUCCAACCACCGUCUCCAGCUUAUCUCCAUCUUUCAGUACUUCGACUGGUCAUGAAGAUCGUAUUGUUAGGACUCCUCUGAAAGAAUUCAGUAGUCUACACAAUCAAGUUCCAAGUGAAGAAUCUUAUACAAAGUUAACAGAUCGAUUAAAUUCAGCUCGACAUUUGAUUUUAGAACUUGGUAACGAAAAAUUACGAACUGACAAAUUGAUUACCUCAAUGAAAUCUACUCAUGAACGCUUGAAUAAUCAAAUCAAUGAAUUAAUUGAAAAGUUGGAUACAUCGUUGUCUGUUCGUGAAAAACUACACUUCGAUUUAGAUCAUUUAACAGAGCAAUUUGUAAGAACUAAACGUGAAUGUACAGAUCUUCAGGAUCAACUAAAUUCAUUGAAGAUCUCAGGUCAACAAAAAUGUAUUGAAACUGUGAAUGUGGAUAACAAUAAUGAAUCGAAUGUUAUGUGCACACCACAUACAAAUUGUACCACUGAUAAUGAGGCGACAGGUUCAAUAAGUCGCUUACGCAACCUAUAUGACUUGAUACAUGAUUUAAUGUUAAGGUUGAAUGAUGUUCGUUUUACUCAGCAUUCAGUUGUAGAGAUGAUCAAUCGUAGUUUAGCAGCUGUGGAUAUCGAACACUCUCACGAAGUUUCUCCAUUACGUAAGGCUAUUUCAGCUUCUGGUGGAUUGGAUCGUCCAUCUUCCAAUAUCAUUCCAUUGAGCGUAUCUCGAACAAAUGCUACGUAUGGUGGAUUUAAUACUUUGUUUGAAAAUAUGAGCAGUAGCAUCAAUAAUCCUGUAGCGUCAAGUAUUUAUGAUCAUCCGACUUCAGAAUCUAUUGUAUCGACCGAAUUGAAUGAAACUGUUGCUGAAUUACGCUUUGGUUGUCCGAAAUCUCCUGUUAGUACUAACUUAAAGUGUGCUAGUACAGAACAUAGUUAUCUCGAUAUUACGAAACCUCUUUCUAGAAAUCAAGCUAUGAACAAAGCUGCAAUAAAGAAUAUAAGUUUACGCAGAAAAUUGUUCGGUGCAUCACAGCUUAAGAAUCAAGUGAAGAAUUUUGUUGAAUCAUCAUCUAUGUGUGAAGAUUUCAAAACUUCUGGACAGAAUGUUAAAAAAUCAGAAAUAUUAUUUCACAGUUUCACAGAGGACAUCCAUGAUGUCACUUUUAAUAGAUUGACAAGGAAACCAAUAAAUGCUGGAGAUUUAACUAUGGUUGAAUGGGAGCAUAAAGACAUAUUUGAACGCUUGUUAAUUGCAAUGUCAAGACUACGUGAUGCCAUUGAAGAAUGCUCAGAUAUUGGUUCUGAAUUUUGGGAUUUAGAUGUAAAAAAACAUUUAUCAGUUCUACUUACUAGUCAAAUGGAUUCAUUUCACGCUCAUGUAAAUCGGCCUAACGAUUCAGUAGCCGAUGAUGAUGGUGACUCAGUAGAUCUUGAUGCAAAGGAAGCUGAUAAAAUUAUCUUAAAAUCAGCUGAUCGCAGUGCUCGCUUCGAUGGUGGUCAGUUACCUUUGUUCGAUCCAAUAGGUUUUCUGAGUCAGAAUGAAGAGGCUAGUUUAAGCCAAUUGUAUGGAUCAGCAUGGCGUCAUCCAAUGGGCAUUUCAACGAAGUUACAUGAUAUGAAAAAUCUUAAGAUACUCAGCGAACAGUCACUCAACCAAUCCUACAUUGAUACGAAUGGGUCUCUUAAAGAAUCUUCCAUCCAGUUGAUGAAUAUCCCUAAUAAUGAUGAUAAGUCACUGUGUGAAGCAAGAGACUUAAAUAAUAAGAUUAUUGCUUUGGAAGCGGAGAAUACCACUCUAAAGAAGGUCAUUACAGAUUUACGUGAUAAAAUGAAGGUUUCUGAAGUACUAAAUCAAAGUGACCAUAGUUCUCGCGAAAUUCUUCAUACUGAACCUGAUAGCUCUAUAUCAAUGGCUCCGUAUGUUGUGUUUGAAAAUCCACGAACCGAAGAGCUUUCAAAAGUAUUAGCACAAUGUCAACAAAAAAAUUAUGAAUUAAGGGAACAAUACAGUCGUCUGCGUAAUGUGCUUUCAGCACCUUCAAAUAAUGAAAAUGUUGACAUCGGAAACGCUGAACUGUCUAAUAGUGCUGCAAUUAUUUAUACAAUUAUCAAACGUCUUCAAACUGUAGUUAACUCUGAAAGUGAAUCUGCAAAUGUUAUUGAUCUGGUUGAGACUGUCACAUCAGAGCUUCUUGAAUCUCGAGAUUCAAUCACUAAACUGGAAAAAUAUCUAAGUGAAUCAGUAUCAUUAUACGAUUAUCAAUCUUUAGAAAAUGAAAUGGAUUCACUUAAAGAAGAACUUCAUCAAGUACUAGAAAAAAUUAAUGAAUAUAAAAUUGAUGUUCAAUAUGCAUGCGAUAAUUUAGCUCCUUUAUUACUUUUCAAUGAAUCUGUUGCCUUGAAAGUACUAGUUGAUAAUGUAACAAUAAAAUUAAAUGAUCAAAAAAAAUAUUCGAAUUCUCUCACUACUGAGCUUCAAGCAAUACUUCAUUCAGUUAAUUACCCAAUUCCAGAAACACUUGAUGAAUGUAUUAAAAUAAUCAAGAAUGAUUUCUCAAAUUAUAAAUCAACUAUUGAUCAAUUAAAAGCAGAUAAAAUUAAUGCUAUAAAUAUGAUCAAAGAAUUAGCACCUCAAAAUGAAGAUUUAUGUACAUUAUCUGAUUAUAUUAGUUGGUUUAUUGGUAUUUUCAAUGAGAAACAAUGUAACUUUGAAAAUCUAGAACAAAACUAUUUAGUCAUUCAACAAUCACUAUGUGAUACAGUUCGGAAAUAUGAAAAUCUUGAAACUACUAUAAAUGAACUUAAUGAUAAACUAAAAAUAUCUAAAAGUCGAGUUGAAAGUUUAGAAACAGAAUUAGCUGAUACUAUUAAGUCACAUGUACCAAUUGAAGAUUACGAAUCAAUUGUUACGCAAAUUAAGUCAGCUGAAGAAGAUCUUUCUAAAACUCAAUCAAAAGUUACUGAAUACGAACAAGAAUAUGAUUUUAUUAAGAAAUUAGUCGAAAGUACAUUGAUGAAACAAUCAGUCUGCUUAAAACACGAUAUUGAAGAGUUAUGUACACAUUUUAAUGUAUACAAAAAGUCUUUGGGAUCGAAUGAAGCUACGAGUAAGAAAUGUGAAACACAUUCAACACAAACAGAAAGAGAAAAUGCGAAAUGGGUUAUUGAACAAACAUCGUUUAUAAACAUGCCUGAUACUUCUUCGUUGAUAAGUGAUGACGUUGUCGGGGAAGAGGAUAUUAAACUGAAAAAUUGUUUUACUAAAGAAACUGGAUCUGAUGAAGUAAAUGUCGAGCCUCAGAAUAAUAUUCAAAUCAAUGAUGUUGGUAAACCUACACCAAGUAUUCGUAAAUAUAAUGAAUUAAAAUGUGCAGCAUUCGAAAUAAAAAAGCAGCUGAUUAGUCGUACACAAAAAUUCGGAACUGCCUUAAAAGAAAUAGAAAGGCUUCGUGGUGUCAUACAACAAGAUAAAGAACGAGCGGGAGGUGUUCUUGAAGAACUUAAGGAUUUACGUCAAAAAGUCCUUCGAAAGAAUCAAAGAAUCAGAGAUUUAGAAAAUGAUGUUGCACGUUUGAAAGCCUGCUUAUCUAAGGUGAAUGCUGCAAGUGUCCAAAUUAAUGAUUCAUCGGCUCGGCUAUUAUCGGAACCAGAACAACGUCGAGGUUGUGAAUGUCAAUUGGAAUCAUUUGACCAAGUAAAUGCAGAUCAAUCAAACGGAGUCCAUAGCUCUAUAACAGCCUCCUUAUUACGUUGUCCUGCUACACCAAGGAAUGAUUCGACCGAAAAUCUUUUGGACCAAUUAGCAGAUUAUACUGUUUCUUAUGAUUCUGUUUCAAUGGAUAAUACUCACGAUCCUGUUUCACCAAUAAAUAACGAGGAGUUGGCAGCCACAUUUCGCAAUGAGGAUUGCAAUCGAUGUCAUAACUUGAACAAACUGCUGCCUGAAUUGCAUAGUACAACUGUAGAAUUAAAGAAAUUGAUCACUUCAAAUCUGUCCAAUGAAGAUUCUCUAUUAGAUGUUUUGAACAAUGUAGAACAACAUGGAUCAUUAUCAUUAUCAUCAAUGCCUUAUUCUCAAUCAUUGGUUGAUAAGCAAGUAAAACUUUCACAUGCUGAUAACAUUGGUUUAAUUGAUCAGUCUGGCAUAAUGGAUAAUAUGAAAACAUUUAUAGAGUCUCUUCAUUAUGCUCAUGUAAGGCUGCAUUAUUAUGCAAGGAAAAUGGAUCAUUUAUGUAUGUCUCUUGUUAAUCGAUGUGGAAAAUGUUCUUUUAAAUGUCAAAAAAUAUUAUCAAUUAAUGUUGACAAGUCAACUGAUUUGCUCAUUAGUAUUAUUAGAAGAUUGGAAAGUCUAUGCAAUCAAAAUGAUCUGUUUGAUAAUCAUGUUAUUGAAAGUAUUUUACGAGAUUCUCGUCAAUUACUCGAUUGGAUCCAAUGCCUAGGCGCGGAAAGUGUAAACAAUGCAUGUAACUUGACCAGAAAAGAAGAUGAUGUAAACACAUGUCCACUAGAAGUAAAAUCAUCACUUAGUUCAGGCGAACGUGAAAAAUUAAAAAGUGAAAUAAAAUAUUAUCGUCGUAAAUAUCAUCAGUUAAUACAAAGUGUGGAUAUUGUAACGAAAAAUUAUCGGUGAAACAACUACACCCUUCAUUUAUUUAAUAACUAAGACAAUAUUUAUUACACUAAUAUUUUGGUCCUAUUCAACCACUAAUCUGUCCAUAAUUUUAUAUUGUUGAUCGACAGUGCUAUUGAAUGAGGUCAAGCGUUCAUAAUUUUAGUAAUUAGACUUACCGAUUAUCUGUGUACGAACGGAAGGGAUAACCUAUAAAUCGUUGUAAACUCUAAUAUACUAAUUACAUCUUUCAUUUUGGAACGUAUUCUGCGAUAAGGUUCAAUUUACUCAUAUUGGAUAUGUACGAAUGAACCUUCACAGUCAAUAUAAAUUACUAGUAACUUUGUGUACUGACUAAAAUGAAUUACUAUCGAUUUACAUCGUGCUAUAUUAUUGAUAUAUGGAAAAAUAAUUUCGAUUAUCUACCGUAUUUUCAUUAUUAUCCUAUCUUUCAAUUCUUUGAAAUUUGAUUUAAAUUUUAAAAAUUUUCUUACGUGUAUUUUCAUAAUAGUGGCGGAUACUACCGAUGUUAUAUCGAGUACACGUACUCGGCUUGAAAACGUUGCUCGUCUCAGCCCUAUAACGGAUCAUUCUGAGUCAAAGAAAUAACAUCUGUUCAAGAAAGAGUUUAGCGUUCUCAGAUUUUAGUUUGACAUAAUACUAAGCAUUUUCACAUGAUUGUAUUUUUAAUUGCAUUCUUUGUAAACCAGCUGUAUUCUUGGUCUUUUUUCUACGUAAACUGAGUUCUAAAAGGCUGUAUCAGCAAAAAUGUGAGAACCUAUUGCAUUUGUAUUUGCUCUUUGUCCAAUGUUCUUCCUUUUCAUCUAACGACCUAUGUUCGAUGUAUUUAAAGUUUUUGUCAUCCCCAAACAUUAUUCUAAGCAAUUUCAAAUUCAAUAAAUUUGAACUAUUUCCACUGAGUUCUUG